GUAGUUUGUACUUACAACAACAGAAUCAUGGCUAACUCAGUGAACAUAUCAAUCGAAGCUCCCAUAGAGAAUCAAAUUCAGGAAAUAACCUAUGAUGGUCAAGAAAUUUAUCAAGCUCCUCUGUCUAUGUCAGAGAAUUUGGCUAGACUUGCACAAAAAAUUGACUUCUCGAAGAGUGAUGAUGAGUUCUGUAACAUCAAGAAAGAGGGAGAAAGUAGUACAGAUCCUAAACCAGAUGAAGAAAGUAAAGAUGCAGGUUACCAAUCCAGUCUGUGGCCCUGGGAGUCAGUGAGGAACAAACUGAGGAACGCACUUACAGAAGUGUGUGUGUUGGCCGAUGUCUUGAACAUUGCUAAAGAAAAGAGAUACAUGGUAUUGGAUCCUGUGCAGCCAGAACAAGUGGAUAAUCGCCCAAUGGUCCAAGUGUAUGGACGUAAAAAAGCACUCGGAGCAGCAGCAGCAGUCCUAUUGGCUGGUGUCGAAAGACUUCGUGCCAGCGAAAACAUGAGAAUCAACCGAAAUAUGCCUGACUUCCACAUAGAUUUAUUGAGGCUACGACAAAACUGGAGACUGAAGAAAGUGUCCAAUACAAUAGUAGGAGAUCUGAGUUACAGAACUGCUGGCUCUAAGUUCAGUCAGACGGGGGUUUUCGAGGUGACCAAAGCCCCCGAGGAUCAGAUGAUGCAGGCGAUGAGCCUGAACGCGGCCGGGCCCGCACCCUCCGCCCUGCGCGUCACCGUGCCGCCCGAGCUGCAGGGCGUCGCCUUCAUAUCUGUGCUCUGUCAGAAAGAACAAGAAGACGUAGUGACAGCCACAUUGAGCUCAUCAGCGUUGAACUGCCCCGGCACUCUCCCCGGCGACGGGGCCGAGCUCCACUGGCAGCAGAAGUUAGAAGCUGCCCAGAACGUUCUCUUCUGCAAGGAACUGUUCGCGAGGCUGGCAGCGGAAGCUGUACAGUUGGACGCUUCCAUCCCACACAUGGUCGUCGGCAACCAGAUCAUGGCUACUGUACUCCCGGGCAUUCAACUGCUGAUUGGGCUCUGCCAUAACAAUGGACAGAAUAAUCCCAACGCAAAUCCAGAAGGAGUGAAGACAGAGGGCGCGGCCGGCAAAUCGGAUCACGACCACGUUUUGGAGCAUUCGUUGCAUCAACUGUUGCGGGCCGUGCACUACGCAAACACUCACCACCCCUUCCCGCACCCCGCCACCGGCCCGCUGGGGCCCUCCAAGCGGCGCUGCCUCGCCGGACCAAUGGCAGCGGACCGCUACGAACUGCUGGACAUGAGUAAGGAACAGUCCCUACUGGAGCAGAUCAUACAACAGGCGCAACACUUCUUCAUGCGCCGGCGCAGCGAAUACGUCCUCGACACUAUCGCUAAAGAGGUGAAGGAUCCACUAAUUGUAUCGCAUUGGAACGCGUUGAACAGUCCCACACAGUCGUGUGUCAAAAUAAAUAUAAUGGCGUACGGAUAUGAUGCAGUCUGUCGAACUUCCCUAGUCGUUCACGUUGGAGAGAAAACGCUCAAGUGCAUAUGUCGAGACGGGAAAGUGCGUCAUCUGUCAUACGAAUUACAGGAGUUGAGGGAUCUUAUAUAUUGCCAGAUCUACCAGCACCAGAUGACGGCGGUGCAGGCUGUAGGACGCUGUAUGGGCUGGCAGCUGCUAGCCAGCUCCGCGCACCUCGGCUCCGGGCCCGUGGAGCCGCUCGGCAACGCGGCCUCCUGCCUGCUGGCCUCGCCUGCUCCCGCCGGUGACAGAAUGAUAGCAAUAAGAUGUGAACCAUCUGUGGGUAUCCAAGUAUUUAUAGCACAAUCUCCAAGAAAAGAUUUCUUCUCUAGUGAAUUAGUUCAAGAUAAAAAAUGGGAGAAUCUUGGUGGAGCCUUCAAGGAAAUCAAGCUUGAUAAGAUGGAAGGCAAGAAUUUCCUUAACAAAAUGGAACUACUCAUGGCAUGUUUGAGCAGCCCUUCAUAA